GAGCACUAGUACUGAAUCCUGAUUGUCUUCCUUUUAACACCACUCAGCCUAUCUCUGCAACUACAAGCAUAAGAGCAUCAUGGUGUCUGUUGUUCCUAGAUCCUUCUCUAUGCCAUCCCCGAGUGCCGAGCAGGAGCUGCAACUCAACGAGUUGGGCAGCCUCACCGAUGCUGUGGAGCCGUUUGCAAGGCUCCUGAGUCAAACUGGUCGUUCUGUGCGGCUACACUGUUCUGUCCCCAUGUGGUCAUCCCCUUCUGAUACAUGCCUUGAUUUACAUGACCUUCAUGACUUGCGAUCACGAAUCCUUCUCUUUAUCCAUGAUCUCUUAGAGUCACUGCGCGCAGCGGGGAUCCCCGCGUCCUAUCGCCUUGCUCCCUCCAACUCUUCGCUCUGUUUCAUCUGUGCCUUGCCGACUGAGCACAGUGCCCCAAAGGUGAGGUCAGCUGCUGUCGAAAUUCUGCAGAAUGCGAAAAUACAUGCAAGGGAAAAGGUUUUAUUGGCUGACCUGGAGUGCGGUCCCGCAUUGAUCAUUUCUUAAUUUCUCUGACUUCUCUGGGACAUUUUGCACACGUUGUGAAGCAUAUACAUCUACACCUUUGCAUUGCUAUCUGUACCAUUAUUUGAGCCUGCGGGAAGUCACCGAUUAUAUAAAUAAAGCAUUCCAUUCUCAUUUUUUGUAUGAUAUUGGUUGAGGUUGAUCAUGAAUUUGGCUUUGGUGCAUCUAAAAAAGUCGAUUCGGUCAAAACAAGUUUUCAACAGAAGCCUGUAUGUAGCCGAGCGCCUAGCGUCGCCUAAGUACCUCUCCACUGGCAAUGAGAGCGC